UCACCCUUUGGGCAGCCUUCACCAAGGACAAGAACCUCUGGUCCAUGCGUUGAACAUCAGAAGGUUCCUGGGAGAACUGACACUGCAGAAAGCCGGAUGCCACAGGAAGGGGGGACAUGUGGCAGCCCCAGACAGGCAGGGAUCCUGUCCACGUAUCCCCCAGCCUCCUUCCUGGCUAUGAAGGACUUCACCGAGGUGAUCUUUCAACCAGAGGCACAGGAUCAAAACCAGGAGACUGUCGUGCUGUCUUUGCCACCGAACUUGCUGACUGAGUUCUCCAAUCCCGUGUUUGAGGAGGAUGUUUCCAGAGUUGAGUUUGAUUUUUCUACUCUCUGCAGAUUCUGCAACUCCAAUAAGCCUCCUGUGUUGACUUCAUCCCAGCACAUCAUGACCAUCCUGUUCGUGGCUGACGAAGAGAUUGCGGAUAAUGGGUUCAUUGCUAUCUACCGUGCCCAAAACCUGAGUGAAAAAACAUGUGGACCUCUAGAAUUUGUCUGCGGAAAUGGCGAGUGUGUGGCCCAGGAGUUUGUGUGUGACAGCUGGAGAAACUGUCCAGAUGGAAGUGAUGAAGUCAACUGUACCAGCAUUUCUUCCACCUCAGUGGCAGAGGCCUCCUGUGAGCCCAUCAAGAUAGAAAUGUGCCAAGGUCUCAGCUACAAUUCCACCUCCUUCCCCAACAUCUGGCUGAUGAUCCCCCAUCAGCAGAGUGCCAAGGAGCUGCUUCAAGACUACAUGGUGCUGCGGGACCUCAGAUGCUACCCUUACCUGCGUUUGCUGAUCUGCAGCCUCUUUGUCCCCAAGUGCAUCCCAGAAGGGGGCACCUUGCAGCCCUGUCGCUCCGUGUGUCUGGGGGCGGAAGAGCAUUGCCGAAAGCCCUUGGCCCGCUUGGACAUCCUCUGGCCCUUGAACUGUAGCAUCCUGCCUGACUCCACCAACCCUCUGGAGUGCUUCUUGCCUUGAGGGCCCCCACCCACCCAGUGCCUGGAUCAGAAGGAAGGAGGGAGGACCAGUUGGAGGCAGCCAGGAGAAGUCCCAGUCCAGAAGAUCCUUUGAUCUGUUGAUCUUGCAGCAAGCUGUUACCAGUUGCGGUCGAACAUAUCUCCAGGGAGUAAUCGUCCCUAAAGACCCAUUCAUUGACUCUCCUUCUGGACUCCACUUCUGUCUCUAUCAAAUUAUAGAUUGCAAACAGAUCAAGGAUCAAGUCCUAGAAUCCUAGAUCAUGACAUUGGAAGGGAUCUCAAAAGGCAUCUAACCUAACUUCCACUAAGUCACCUAUGACAGAUAACCAUCCAACUUCUGAAGAUCUGCGACCAUGGAGAACCCAACACUUCAUGAGCCAGCUUUUUCCACUAAGUGAGGGUUGUACAAUUAGAAAGUCACUCUCGGUCUCAACUCCUGCUGAUUCUGCAGGCACAUCUGUGAUGUUUUGUUGGCAAAACCAAGAAUCUUCUAGAAGGGUUUUUCGUCUUCCCAGCCUUGCUCGAAGCAUGAUGUCCAACGACGGGCUGAGUUUGACCAUGCUUAGCACUUUCCAAGAUUAGUCCGGAGCAGCCACAGCCUCCCUCUGACGAGGCUUCCACAUCGAUUAAGCUUUAUAAACCCAUUUAAAAAUAAUAAGAAUAAUAAAAUAAUAAUUAUAACAUCACAGGAGCUGCAUCAUCUUCUGGCAUCAUGAAAUCAAUCCUUAGCGGAACCCUUUA